GCAGAAAGGCUGCAGGAAAAGAUCAGCUUGUACUUCUCUGGGGACAAUAGCCAGGUCAUAGAGGACAUGGAUGCGUACAUGUUGGCGGAUAAUGGCAUCUUGCUAGAGGAUCUUCCGUUGGGGAAGCUCCAGCAAUUUUUGGAAGAUCCGUCUGCAUUCAAGAAAGAUUCAGAAGCCUUGCAAGCGACACGGAAGCAACUCUAUGGUUUGGGCCGCAUGCCUAUUCUCACUGCAGAGGCCGAGGCACAUGCUUGCUUGAAGCAUGAAAGCUCUGGGAGGCGGAGGCAGUUUGCAGUUGAGUUUCUGGCGCAGACGACAGCCCUGCGGGAGUUUCUCGAAGCGCGGCAGUCGCAUGCUGAUGCUGGACGCGGAGCAAUGACGAGCGGUAUGCAACGAUUGUGGAUGCCCUGGGUGGAAGCCAUGGCGAGGGUCCUAUCCGACGAGAAUGCUGAACAGCGCAGGGGCACGGGAUCCAAAUCCUUCAGGAUGUUGACAUCUUUGGGACUGGAGCCCGAACUUCUUGCCAUCAUUGCCAGCCAGACCGUGCUGAACUUGCUGAUGCUGCCAUGCUUCCGACACAAAGAUGAGAUGCAAGAGGCAGCCAAGCGGGAUCGUUUUGGAGAGGUUCCGUUCUCUACAGCAGCUACUGCGGUUGGUGAGGCAAUCGAGGACGAAGUGUUGUGGCUGCAGAUUGCCGCUGGUGAAGGAGUCCGUUCGAUGAAGACGAGCGAAUUCUUGCAGAUGCGCAAGCUGAAGAAGGCAUACAGAGAUCGGACAAAAUCGGUGCCUAUGGGAGCAGCAUUGGUUGACUUGUUGCUGGACUGCGCGACAAUCUCCGUGCCGAGUGAAGCUCAGGAAUUUACAGGGUUGGCAGCCAGCCACACGGUCGAGCAGGCCUUGAUCCAUGGGAAGCGCCGGGAAGGCAUCAAGCAAAUUGGGUAUUUGUCCCUGCAUCCAGCGGCACGCUCGCGCAUGGAGUCGGAGGGUGAAAAUUUGCACUUCGUCCGGCCCAAGAUGCAGCCCAUGGUCAUCCCUCCACUGUCCUGGCAACCUUGUGGAGAUUCACCCCAAGGCCCGUACCUCCUCCACAAGUCCUCAUUCGUUAGAACUCCUUCGGAGUCAAUGGCGCAGCUGAGAGCUUACAGUGCAUCACGAAGCGCUCGGAUUAUGGACAGCCUGGGAAGUAUGCCAUGGAGAAUCAACGGGCGCAUUCUGGAGUUGAUGAGGGAGGUCCAGAAUCAAGACUUGGCAAUUGCAGAUGUUCCACCCAACACGGACCCGCCGGUUCCUCCACCUCCGAGUGCAGAUGAUCCGGACUAUCAAGUUCUGCGUCUCAGGCGUCUCAACGCUGAAAAGCGCAUCCGAGAACUACGGUCAGAGCGUCCGACCUUCGAGUUGAAACUGCGGGUUGCCGAAGACUUCAUCAAUGCUGACCGACUAUACUUUCCGCACAACGUUGAUUUUCGAGGGCGCUGCUAUCCACUCCCGCCACAUCUGAAUCACAUGGGGGAUGAUGUCAGCCGUGCUCUUCUGAUGUUUUCUGAAUCUAUGCCAUUGGGCCGCGAUGGUCUUUUCUGGUUAAAGGUGGACAUAGCCAACCUCCAUGGAAACAACAAAAUUUCGCUCGAAGAUCGAGUUCGAUGGGUCGAUGAUCGUAAAGACAUUAUAGCACAGGUUGCUGAAAAUCCCCUGAGUCCAGAAAGCAUACCUCACUGGGCGCACGCAGACGAUGGGCCGUGGCAGGUGUUGGCUCGUUACAUGGAGCUGGCGGAAGUCUACAAAAGAGGUCCUGGGGCUGAAGAGGACAUCAGAAGCCACUUGCCGGUGCAUGUGGAUGGAUCCUGCAACGGUCUCCAGCAUUACGCGGCCUUGGGCAGAGACCUCGCAGGUGGAGAGGCUGUCAACUUGGUACCCAACGACAAGCCUCAGGAUGUUUACACGGUCGUGCUGAAUGUCGUUAUCAGCAAGGUGAAGCAGGACGCAAAACUUCCAGCUCAUGACCCGGAUCAGCCCGACGGCCGCCCACUCAGCCUUGAUCAUGGACGCCUUGCCCGAACCCUCAUUGAGCUUGGUAUUCUCAAGCGUAAGGUCGUGAAGCAGACGAUAAUGACUAUCUGCUACGGUGUUACGACCGUCGGAGCUCGAAAGCAGGUCCAGGGCCAGAUUGAGGACGUGGUGGGCGACAAGGUCGAGCCAGAAGAGAUCUUGCAGCUGGCGAAGUACUUGUCCAGGUUGGUAUUGGCUUCCAUUGAUGAGGUCUUUGCACAAGCGAAGAAAAUCCAAGACUGGUUGAAUCAUGUGACGAAGCUGUUCACGAUGCUACAGGCUCCGAACGCGUGGAUAUCACCUAUUGGUCUAAACUGCGUACAACCAUAUCGGAAGCCGCAGAAGCAAGUGGUGCGAAGCAAGCGCCAGAAUGUCACGCUGAGAACAGGUGAUACCCCACAGAUACACCAGAUGAAGCAACGAAUGGGCUUUCCUCCCAACUUCAUCCAUUCACUGGAUGCCACGCAUAUGAUGAUGGUUGCUGAGCUCUGCGAGCGGGAGGGUAUCACAUUCGCCGCCGUGCAUGACUCGUUCUGGGCACAUGCUUGCAACAUUGCCAAGCUCAAUGAGUUGACACGGGACGCGUUUGUUUCGCUUCACAGCCAGCCGAUUCUAGGCGAGCUGUACGAGGACCUCAAAGUCCACCUUGGCGGUCAAGAGCCUCCACCUAUUCCAGAACAAGGGGAGCUGGACUUAAACGUGGUGAGAGACAGCGCGUAUUUCUUUGCUUAA